UUCUUCGCAAUCGGGUUGUUGUUUUUCACGUCGCACAGCAAGGUCUGGCUCGGUGUGUGUGGUCCCCAUUAAAUUAGAUUCUAACGCUAUAGGAAAGUCAAAUUUAAAGCAAACAUCCAGCCAGUUCUUUUACUAUUUCCCGUUGAUGUAGAUGUCUUUGCUAUUGCCUGUAAAAGCCGAAUGCCGCUCGAUCCAUCCCAAGGUUGACGUUUAGUACGUUUUUAAUUUAAAAAAAAAAUCCAAUAAGUCAAACUUUAAUUGACUUUAAUUGUACCCAACUCACACUUGGAUUCUAGUGGACGUCUCCCCGGUGUUUGUGUGUAUCGCUUCAGGUUUUCAAGUCAAAACCUCAUUUCCCACAAGGCUUUGCGCCCGCAGAAGCGUUCACGUGACAGGUCACAUGAACAAACCGCGGAGCGAGCCCAUGAAACAUGCUAAAAAUCCCUACCCGGCUUCCGCUGAAGUCCAUUACUUGACUCACACUUGCAGGAGAAGGGACGAGUUGUAACAGCUAUGUCUCAAUCUGCUGGGAAGAAAUUGACAGGCCUAAUUGCGGCCACAUUCACUCCAUUCACUUCUCAAGGUGAAGUCAACUUAUCAGAGAUUGGACCUUAUAUUGACUACUUGACAGAGAAGCAAGGUGUAAAUAAAAUUUUUGUGAACGGCACCACCGGAGAGGGCAUGUCUCUCAGCGUCGCCGAGAGGAAGUUACUGGCGGAGGACUGGUGUCGGAAAGCCAAGGGAAAAAUGGAGGAGGUGAUUUUGCACGUUGGCUGCACCAGUCUCAAAGAUUCCCAAGAACUUGCUCGCCAUGCCGUGGAGAUCGGGGUCGACGGGAUAGCAGUCAUUGCGCCCUCCUUCUUCAAACCUCGCUCUGCAGAGUCGCUGAGGGCGUACCUCCAGGAAGUGGCCGGCGUGGCCCCGACUGUGCCCUUCUAUUACUACCACCUUCCAGCUCUUACUGGCAUUAAUUUGCCAGCAAGCGACUUGCUGGAAGGCAUCGAGGCGCUCAUUCCCUCCUUCCGAGGCGUCAAAUUCUCCGGGACCGACCUGAUGGACUUUGGCCAGUGCGUCAGCCGCAUCCCGCCCCACUGGUCCGUCCUCUACGGCGUGGACGAGCAACUGUUGGCAGCCCUCGCGUUGGGAGCCAGUGGAGCAGUUGGCAGCACGUACAACUACCUGGGAAGUCACAUGAACAAGCUGGUGUCCGAGUUUGAGAGCGGCAACCUUGUGCAGGCCAGGAGCCUUCAGUUCAAGAUGCAAGAGCUCAUCAGCUAUGCUAUUAAAGUUGGAUUCGACUUGGGCGUGAACAAGCAGCUGAUGAACGAGGUGUCGGGCCUGCAGCUGGGACCCCCUCGGCUCCCCCUCACGCCGUGUCCUCAAGGGCAGGCCGUGUCCAUCAAGCAGAAGUACCAGCACCUCUUCCCCAUCCACUGACUUCACCGCUGCACUCCACUUCACUCAGCAUUCAUCUACUGUCUUCACAGAAAUCUUACUGUUACACACACUGAUGUAGUAAUCAUCAAGGGAUUUUGCCUUAACUAUUUUAUAGCAAAUGUACGUUUCUGUCAAAGAAAAAGUGGCAUACUUCUUAUUUUACAGUCAUCUUCCAAGCCGUUUAUAAUUCAUCAGUUAAUGUUCAACCUGUGUACAUGUGGCCUUGCUUUCCCCUGUGGAUUAAUUGAAAGAGCGCACAUUUUGUAACGGGAAACAAGCAGCUGUGGAAAGCUGCAGAUACUGCAUUUCAUAUCCUUCAGAUUUCGCUCCGUGUACGUGUACACUCGUUGUCCUCCCUAGUAAGACAAUUCAUACAAAUAAUUGAAUGACUAGGGUGCACUUAGAAAACGAUGGCGGAAUAUAUAUACUACUAUAUAUACUAUACUAUAUAUACUACUAGGAAUAUAUAUAUAUAUAUAUAUAAGUCCAUGUUUUUAAGGCCAGGUUAAAAACUCUUUCCCCCCCCCCUCCCGGACAUGCUUUUUAGAGCAUUUCCACUUUUAAAUGAUAUUUCUGUCACCGUACGCUGUUUUAAUUGUAUUUUUUCACCUCUGUCUUUUAAAUGUUUAUCAUUUAUAUUAUUUUGUUUUCUUUGUUUUUUAAAUGCUUUUAAUCAUGUAAAGCACAUUGAGUUACCCUGUGUGUAAAAUGCACUAUAAAAAUAAAUUUGCUUUGCUUUACUA